GUGGAAACGCUGUGGCCUCCCAGUGUGAUCUCUUGGGAUUAACGCAUUGUUAAAAACUAGAUUUGUGUUUAGCAUCUUCUGCAAAUUAGGCCACGGCCCUACAUGGGAGUCCUCUGGAUUGUGAGCAGAGACAUCUCCAAAGAGAAGAAUGUCAGAUGCAGAGGAAAACCCACUGGAAGAAACAGAAGAAUAUGGAGAAAUAGAAAUGGAAGAAGGAGAAGAAGAAGAAGAAGAAGAAGAAGAAGAAGAAGAAGAAGAAGAAGAAAAAUAUCCAAAUGAUGAAGGGCUAGAAAAUAUGCAACAGGAAUUAAAAGAAGAUAACACAUUAGCGUGGAGAGGGUCUCAGGAGGAGGGGGAAGCGGAGGGAGAGGGAGCGGAGGGGAAAGAAGAGGGGGAAGAAUUUGGGAAGGAGGAGGCAGCAGGAGCACAGGAAGAAACCACAGUGAAGCCCCAAGAAAUCACCAAGUCCAUGAUCAGUUUGGAGAGACUUACACCAACUGAUUCCCAAUCAAUCUUGUCAGGAACACUCCCAAAAACCUAUAGUGGUAGAGAGUCAAAGCAUUCAUUACAAUCAGAGCUUUUGGAAACAUUCGAACUUCCAAGCAUGGCCUCGCAAUUAGAGUUUCUUGAUUUGGAUCUAACCACUUCUGCGGGACAACAGCUUAGUUCCCCUGAAAAGCAGCCUUCGGGCGAGCUUGCAGAGAGAACCGACCAGAGGCCCCAAGAUGAAUUGGGACAAGAAAAGAGACACUUGGAACCAGAAAGGGGAGACUUGGAGCCAGAAAAGAGAGAAGGGAGAAAAGAAACAAGAGUAUUAUACGUAAAUGAGAAAAAAGAAAAAGAAUUCCAGCCCAAAGCAAGGAUCCCUAAGGGGUCACUGGUCUCCACUGCCACCGAGGACAUUUUGUUCCAAAAGGAUGACGGUGCCAACGUGUAUCCCUUGGCCAUGACCUGGUCGUUCGGAUGGAACAGCUCCCUUCCUGUUUACUACAUUCAAGAUGAAAACCAGAGAGUUCUUCUGUAUGCCAGUGCUCACACUGCGGUCAUCUACAAUGUCUUUAAGAAUAACCAGCACCAUCUUCAGGGCCACCCCAACGUCAUCUCCUGCCUCUGCAUCAGUGAAGACAGGCGCUGGGUCGCCACGGCUGACAAAGGGCCCGAAUGCCUGAUAAUCAUAUGGGACUGCUUCACGGGCAUUCCUGUGCACACGAUAUUCGACAGCUGCCCAGAAGGUGGCGGCAUCAGGGCCAUGGCCAUCACCCACGAUGCCAAGUACCUGGCGACCAUCUCAGACGCUGAGAUCCAGAAAGUUUGCAUCUGGAGGUGGACUUUAGCGGUGGAAACACCGGCCUGCACUCUUAACCUUCCCAAAGAGUAUGGUUUUCAGAGCUACCUUACUUUUAAUCCAACAAAUAAUAAAGAAUUGGUGAGCAAUAGUAAAACACAAGCAAUAUAUUAUAAGUGGUAUGAAGAGGGAGAUAUACUUGUUCACAGUGCCCCACUUUUAACAGAAAAAACAUUCAACAAGCUCGUGGGAAAAUUUAGCCAGUCAGUCUUUCAUUUGAAUUUAACCCAAAUACUGUCAGCGACAAUGGAAGGGAAGCUGGUUGUCUGGGACAUUUACCGCCCACCACGGUCUGCCUCCACCUCUUUGGGCUUUCCCCACAUCACACCUUGUAAACUGGUUCAUUUGCAGAAGGAGGGUAUCACUGUGCUUACUACAGUUGACAGCUAUGUUGUCACAGGUGACAUUCGGGGUAACAUCAAGUUCUACGAUCACACCCUGUCCAUUGUGAACUGGUACAGCCACUUCAAACUGAGCUCCAUAAGAAGCCUGUCCUUCUCAAAAACCCCGGCAACUCCUCCGACUGAAAAUACAAACUAUCCUCCAGACUACACUUUAAAAGGUGACCUUUUUAUUGUAAGGAAUUUUAUCAUUGGAACGUCGGAUGCGUCAGUGUACCACUUAACAGCAGAUGGGACCAAACUUGAGAAGUUAUUUGUAGAGCCCAAGGAUGCCAUUUGUGCCAUCUCCUGCCACCCGUACCAACCCCUCAUUGCCAUCGGGAGUUUCUGUGGGAUGAUCAAAGUGUGGGAUUAUGAACAGAAAAAAUACCUCUUCAGCAGGAUCUUUGAGAAGGGGCUUGGAGUCCAGAGUCUGACCUACAACCCCGAAGGAGCUCUCCUCGGAGCUGGCUUCACAGAAGGGACCGUUUACAUUCUUGAUGCAAUGUCCUUAGAAAGUGAAACCCCAGAGCCUUUCAAAUAUUCCAGAACCAGUGUGACUCACGUCAGCUUCUCCCAUGACUCCCAGUAUAUGGCGACCGCUGAUGUAAGUUUCACCGUGGCCGUUUACGUGGUGAGAGUCAAAAAUGGACGAAGGGUCUGGGAGUAUUUGGCAAGACUUCGUUCUCAUCGCAAGAGCAUUCGAAGUGUCCUGUUCGGGGUUCAUCUGGACAGCAAUGAGCCGAGACUGCUGAGCCUCGGGAGAGACAGACUCUUGAUCGAGUAUAAUCUACUCAAGAGCUACAAAGACCACCUGGAAGUCCUGGACAUUCAGCGAACCGACCAGGGCAGCUACCCCACCUGUAUGGUCUGGUACCCGCCACUUACCAAGGAGCUCUUCCUGCUCAUUUGCAACAGUGGCUACAAAGUGAAGCUUUUCAAUUCAACCACAAAAAUGUGCAGAAAGACACUCCUCGGGCCAGUUUACGGAUCUCCCAUUGAGCAGAUACAAAUCCUCCCAGUGAAAACCCCUCUGGAACUUCAGAAGCGCUACAUGGUGUUUAUUAACAGGGACAAGGUUGGACUUCAGAUCUUACCAGUUGAUGGCAACCCACAUAAGACAUCUGCUCUUAUAUGCCACCCCAGCGGGGCGGCUGGAAUGGACGUUUCCUAUGACGGCCGCUACACCUUCACAGCAGGAGGGCAGGACCGGUCGGUGGUGCAGUGGGAAAUCAAUUUAAGUGCCCUGGAGGCAGCAGUUUCUCUUGGGGGCGAAGACCUGACCCCAUUCUAUGGUCUGGUGUCUGGUGGCAGGGAAGGAAAAUUCUACAGGGAGCUGGAAGACUAUUUUUACUAUUCUCAGCUCCGUAGUCAAGGUAUUGAUACAAUGGAGACCAGAAAGGUGUCGGAACACAUCUGCCUGUCGGAGCUUCCUUUUGUCAUGAGAGCAAUUGGCUUUUACCCAUCGGAAGAGAAGAUUGAAGAUAUGUUUAAUGAAAUCAGAUUUAGUGAGUAUGUGGACACUGGAAAACUAAUUGACAAAAUCAACCUACCGGAUUUCUUCAAAGUUUACCUUAAUCACAGACCACCCUUCGGUAACACCAUGAGUGGCAUCCAGCGGAGCUUUGACAUUCUUGGUUUUACCAAUUCAAAGGGAAAGAAAGCUAUUCGAAGAGAGGAUUUUCUGAAACUGCUUCAAACCAAAGGUGAGCACAUGACGGAAGAGGAGAUGUCUGACUGCUUCGCUACACUGUUCGGACUGAAUCCUGAGGGCUGGAAAUCCGAGCCCGCAGCCUCUUCUGUCAAAGGUUCAGAAAUUUGCUUUGAAGAAGAACUUCCAGACGAAAUCACUGCAGAAAUAUUCACGACUCAAAUUCUUGGCCUAACCAUUUCCCAAGAUUCUGGACAAGAUCCUACGAAAGAUCUGUGUCCUAAAGCCAUGGCUGCCCUAGACCCUGGGGUUUUUGGCCUGACCACGUUCUUGAGAGAUCUGGAUGACAGAGGUUCCCCUGCAGGCAGUGGCUCAAAACUGACUAUAAUAAACAGACACAGGACACUGGGACUGAACAAGAGAGCAUCAGGUGUAGGCGCUGUCUAAAGUGCUGGCCGCCACCCAGCUUCUCCUCCGUGUGCAUCUGAUUGCUUCGGAGAUGGACUUCAUCCAUCCAUUCAUUCAUGAAUUCAGCAAAGAGUGAGUGUGCGCCAGCACUGCGGUAGGGCUGGGGGUACAGGGGUGGACAAGACGGGCAUGGCCCUUGUCUUCGGGGAUCUCUGAUUAAACAAACACAUAACUAUGCCGUUGCAAGCUGCGGUCAUAGAGGAAGAGCCAGGGGCCUAUGAGGUAGAAUAUCAUGAGGGAAAUGUGCUUUAGUUGUGAUCAGGGCCGGUCUCUCCGAAGAUGAGGCUUGUAAGUUAAGAGACAGUCAUGGAAAGAGUGGGGAGAACCUUCCAGACCGAGGGGACAGUGCCACCAAGGCCAGAGCAUUCAGUGAACCAGAGGUUUGUGUGGUCAGACCCUAGAGAGGGACGUAGGCUCAAGGUGGGGUCCUCAGGAGUCUAGAACGACCUCUGGCAUUCCUUCAGCACUGCCAUCGCAUGGUGCUUCCUCUCGAGUCCGAACAGGAAUGUUUUCACAUGGGCGAUGGGCAGGAGGAAUGGAGGGAGGCCAAGUCUUCAAGAAGAUGAUCUGGCCUUUCUCAUUCCUUCACUUUCAAAGAGUCUUGAUAUAGGACUUCCCUGGUGGUGCAGUGGUUAAGAAUCCACCUGCCAAUGCAGGGGACACGGGUUCGAGCCCCGGUCCGGGAAGACCCCCACAUGCCGCAGAGCAACUAAGCCCGUGCGCCACAACUCCUGAAGCUCGCACGCCUAGAGCCCAUGCUCUGCAACAAGAGAAGCCACCGCAGUGAGAAGCCCCGCACCACAGCAAAGAGUAGCCCCUGCUCGCCUCAAGUAGAGAAAGCCCGUAUGCAGCAACAAAGACCCAAUGCAGCCAAAAAUAGAUACAUAAAUAAAAUUAAAAAAUUAAUUACAAAACCUUGGAGAAGCUUUUAAAAACAAAACAAAACAAAGAGUCUUGAUAUGGGGUAUGCUGCCGCUCAGAGGAUCCCAGGAAAGACCAUAAAUAAGUCUUGUGAGGAACCAGCCCUGAAGCUGGUGUGUUCUCUCACUUGACACUGGACAAAGGUGGGAAAGCUCCCAGUGGGUUUCAGCCCCGUAAACCUUAAACCCUGAGUCGGCAUCAAUACAGCCUUCUUAGUUUUCCAGGGAUUUCGACAUUUUAAAAGAUGUAACCACAAUUUUCUCCGUGAUCUUGUUGUCCCUUUGUGCACAACCAUGUUUAACUACACAGUCCCCUGAGUUGCUGGUGGUAUCCCAAAGGCAGCCAGGUGUACAGCGAAGCUUCACCAGAGCUAGCCGCUUACCCCUCCCUCAGUGUGCUGUCCGUCACCUCUGCCUUUCACAAGGAUAGAUGAGAGAAUAGCAGUAACUUGUGCCAGAUCCUCUAACAGUGACCUCAGUUGAACUCUGUGUGCCCUGGUGCUAAGGCCUAAGAUAAAAUGUGGCGGGAAGCAUGUUUCUUUCCCUUUAGAAGGUUAUAUUGUAGCGAGGGAAACAGACCUGUCAAUAAUAAUACAGUAUUUUGUGAUAUGACAUAGGGGCGUCCAGAGCAGAUGGGGCAGGAAGGAGGAGGCGAUCAGGGCGGGUGGAGGAGACAUUACAUAAAUGAGGCGCCCUAAGCCCAUCUGAGCAGUGCCGGGGAGCAGUGGCAGGAGAGCAGCCCAGAGAAGUCAGUGAUCACAUUAUAGCUGGCCUUGUGUGCUGAAUCAGGGAGGUUAGGCUUGAUAUGAAAGGGAAGGGGGAGAAGUGGAUCAAACUUGGAUCUCAGAGGCGUAGGGCUGGGUGAUGGGCAAGAGGGAUUGGCUGGGGAAAGGGCCCACGGCGAGGGGAUUGUUAUAGUAGUUUGGGGAGAAGUGAAAGAUUGCAACAAGAGAAAAGACAUUCAGGAAGGAUAAAUAAGUAUACAGACUGAGGGGCAGCUUAAAUAGGGUAUCAGCCAUGAUCUUUGGUUUGGAGCAAUAGAAAUUGGCUCUGGUUAGCUUCAGGGGAAAAGGGACCUUAUGUGAAGACUAUCAGGUAACUCAUAGGCUCAAUGGAGCGACUGAAGAAGCAAGCUCUGAAAAUGACCAGGAACCAACAGCAGCCAGGAUGCCAAUGGCGCUGCCACCACUGGGAGCUCAGCGCCUCCGAUACUUAGGCUCUCCAAGGGCCACUUCUGCUGGAAGUCAUUUCUCCGCUGCCCCUGCACACCCUCAGACAUCAAAGUCAAAAUCAAAACCACAAUGAGAUACCGCUUCACCGCCACAAGACUAAUAUGAAAAAGACAGAUGAUAACAAGUGUGGGUGAGGAUGUGGAGAAACUGGAACCCUUGUACGUUGCUGGUGGGAAUGUAAGAUGGUGCAGCUGCUUUGGAAAACAGUCUGGCAGUUUUUCAACAUGUUAAGUACAGAGUUACCAUAUGACCCAGCAAUUCCCCUGCUGGGUAUGUAGCCAAGAGAAAUGAAAAUAUACAUCUGCACAAAAACCUGUAUACUUAUCAUCAUAGCAACGUUAUUCAUAAUAGCCAAAAAGUGGAAACAACCCAAUGUCCAUCAAUGAAUGAAUGGAUGAAUAAAAUGUGGUAAAUCCAUGUAAUGGAAUAUCAUUCAGCCAUAAAAAGAAUGAAGUAUUAAUACAUGGGAUGAACCUUGAAAAUAUGCUAAAUAAAAGAAGCUAGGGGGCUUCCCUGGUGGCGCAGU